GCAGAAACAGCCGACGAAGCCCUUGAAGAGUUCUACGGAACCACAGCCGGCGCUGCAGCUUUCCUUAUAAUAGCUCAGCUAGUGCUGGUUGGGGCUGCCCUGGCCGCCUGCGCCUCCUGUUUUGGGGGCGACGGAGGCAGCAAUGCCCCGGUGCCAGUGGACACAGAGACACUGCCGCUUUACACGCCAUGUGCUGAGACCCGUUUUGUUUGCAAGUGCCUGGCACAGGUUGGGCGGAACAUUCGGUGGUACCGGGACUUGGAUGACCUCUGGAGCAAUGUCCUUUCAUACUUCGAGAAGCGUGGCAUCCUUAGCGAGGAGACGUUGGAGUACCUCGAUGCGGACCCUUUCGUCCUUUUCGGAGUCGAUGACCCGCUCACGCAGCAGGCUCUUCUGAAACUCGACAAGUUCCCGGCAUUGAUGUGCGAUGGAGCUGUGCCGACACAGGAUGAAUGGGCCUACUACCUGCGAAUCGAGCCACGUGACACCCAGCUCGUGUGGCUCGUGCGAGCAAUGCAAGAGACGGAGCUGCCCAAGCCUUGGACGUGCUACAAAGGCAUUGGGAGCAUCGUCUGUUACCUUCGGUCUGACAGCGGACAGGUCACAUGGAAGCAUCCCUUCUACGACUACUUCCGCCAGCUCCGGGACUUUUGCCGACAGGCAUCUCGUGACGAGGUGAUGCAGGUGCGCUGCAAUCGCCUCCUUUGGAGCUAUGAAGCGACUCGUGUCGAGACCGAGCAUGACCAGGAGCCCCUCAUAUCGCCGCCUUAUGUCGCGCGCAUGGCCGACAUUUUCGGUUUCGAUGUGAAGGUACAAGGCUGCGUGGUGCGAAACUGCAAAGCGCAGCUCAAGGCUUUCGCGAAAGCGUACCGGACGAAGCAAGACAUUGAUAUUGGUCUGAUCCGGGAAUGCAAUGAGAUGCUGCAGCGCGACGUGGCGAAGUACAGCGAAAUGGUGGCCCACUGGUCUGGUGAGGUCAAAGAGGACGUAAAGUUCGACCUCAACAAGCUAGCUGCUGGCGAGCUACAUUGCGUGAACUGCAAGACCACGGCCCUCAGUUUCUGCUUGGAGUGCAAGGACUACCUGUGCUUGAAGUGCUACGCUGACUUGCAUGGGAAAGGCUCGCGCAAGGAGCACGCGCCCUUCUGCUUGGUGCCCUGCGCCUUGUGCGUCGUGCUUCCAGCCAAGAUCCACUGUACAUUCACGGACAAGUCCUUGUGUCACAAAUGCUAUGCUAUGAAGCAUAUCAAGAUGCUUCCGCUGGACGGCAAAGAGAACCAGCCGCGGAGAAUAAACUACGUGGAGCAGUACAACAGGUACGCUGAGUUUGCAAAGGAACGGGUGAAGAAGAUGGCCGUCAAGCCGGAGGACCUUCCAGCACUGGAUGACUCAGCCUACGAGUCGGUUCUCAGCACUGACUGGCACCCCUUCUACGAUGCUCGUGGUGUGAGGUACUACCACAACUUUGCCACUGGCGAGCGCAUGAGGCAAAGUCCGCGGCGCGUGCCUAACUCUGACGAUGCGGGUGCUGAGGCUACAACGCCUACCGCCAAGGAAGUCACCCAGGCUCUUGCGGUUUCGCAGGAGGACGCAGGCGGCAUGGCCAGGCCAGAAGAUCCAGCGUCCAGCAAAGGCUUCCAUGGCACCGCGACCUCGCUCAAGAGCACGGGGCCUCUGCCGCUCUCAGGCUUUGACUCACUCAAGUCGGAUGUGCCAGCAGCAGUGCGUGCUGCGGAAGAUCCGGAGCAUCGGCUUCUCAGACCGCCGCAUCGGCGUCACAUGCCGGAUGAGAUCACGGAGCCCCUCUGA